CCCACCACCCGCAGCAACCAACUCGAUCGCAGCCUCCCACUCCCGGCAUUUGAAUGUGAGAAAGAGAGGGAAAACCGCCCAGCCCGCCCAAGCCGGCGAGUAUCCCCAACUAUCCGCCGCCGCCGCCGCCGCUCCGGCCAUGCCGCGGUCCUCCUCCAGCCCCGGCUCCGGCUCCAGGCCGAUCCUGGGCCGGGCGAUGGCCACCAUCCUGGCGCUGCCGCUGACCCCGAUCUCCAAGGCCAAGUGCGGCCUGCUCCUCUUCAAGAAGCGCGCGUCCGCCGCCGCCAGGCGCCGCUGCUACAGGCCCUUCCGCCACUACAACUACGCGUACGUGGGCGAGUACCAGUUCUCGCCCUCCCGCUCCCCGCUCCUCCCGGGCCCGCCCCCCGGCGUCACGGCCUGGCGGAGGGCCGCCGCCAAGCGCCGCCGGGGCAGGGCCAGGAUGAUCCUCACGUCCCUCUUCUGCGGCGGCGACGAGGUCGACGUCGCCGUGCUGGACGGCCUGGCGCGCCGGGCCGACGCGCGCUCGGACAGGGAACAGCUCGUGCUCGCCCCGGCUCUCGAGUGGGGGCGCGACGACGCCUACGCCGGCGAUGGCGACCAGGAGGAGGAGGAAGAGGAGCAGGAGCAGGAGGUAAUCGACUACGGUGAGGAGGAGGACGAGGAGGAGGUCGACGGCCGCGCCGAGCGCUUCAUCCAGCGGUUCUACGCCGAGAUGAGGCUGCAGAGGCAGAGGUCUCUCGUCCAGCGCCAGCUCUAGAUAGACGACCCCCUCGUUUCGACGGCUGCCGCUGCCUUGCCGGUUCCUUCUCCAUCGGGUAGAAUCAAUCAAUUGCUCGCCGCUGCUAUCUUAGCUGCAGUUCGGUUAAUCUCUUCGUGUCGUGCACCGUUCGUGUUACCGUUGUUUUGUCAUCAGGUGUGAGUUUGUUGUCGGAGCUGUCUGACGGGGGAGAUUCUUCUCCCCUGCUGUAGCUCCACUUUUUCCCCUGUAAUCCAUGUGUUUCAAUUUUCGUUUCUGUAGUGUUUUGAGUUUGUAUACAAUUACAAAUCAUCCGUGCUAGUAUCUGUUUUGGUUCGCACAAAUGUCAA